UUCAGAGAGUCUCCUAUAAAAGCGGUGCAUCAGAUGUCUGUCAAACACAACACAACAUCGAGGUCUCAUCGAUCGGGCAGUCAGGUUUACAUUGCACGCCUCCUCAAGACUACAAAGAGAAGUCCAGACCAGACCAUCGCUAUGCCAACAGUGCACUGCAUCGUUUUUGCUUUGGCUCUCCUCGCCAAGGGCAAUGCACUGGUGGCGUCCGCGGUGCUGGGGCAGAGCAAGCUGGAUGAGGGCAGGAGCGAAGGUGACGCCCUGAGCCUGUUGCUAGGAGACGAGGCGCCGGAUGACCUCAUGACCCCGAGGAGGCUCUCUGUGCAGGACAACCGUCUGGGGGACGAGGAUGGAGCCACCAAGAUCAUCAUCCUCUCUGAUAAUGGCCCAGGAGGGUUCAGCCUCCGCUCCCACCAGUUGAGAUCCGUCCUGGGCCGCGCCUUCCCCCUGCUGGCCUCUUGGAGGAUGGACCAGGCCGCGGCCGACUGGGCUCCCCAGGAGGGACACCCCGAGCCGGAUGACAACCUGUCCGUUCGCCGCAGAGACAUGGACGGUGAGAAAGAAACAUUGCUGAGGUGUAUGAUCGGAAGAGUGUACAGGCCCUGCUGGCAAGCCUGAAGAAUUCACAAGCACUCCAUCUGCGAAACCAUGAAGAACGUGGGGCCAAGUGUGUGUGUGUGUGUCUCAAAAAUAUACUUCUCUCUUGUCGUCUUGUGAACCUACUGAUGUGAUAUAUGUGAUGCUUAU